AUGAUCAAUAGUAUAAAAUUAUUAAUAAAUAGUGGUGGUGGUGGUAGUAAAGGUAUACAUCAUCAUAUAUAUCGAUCAAUCUUCUCCUUGAAACCCAAUGUAUAUAAUAAUAAUAAUAGUUUAACUUUACCUUCAAAUCAUUCUUUGAAUUACUCUGGAAAUAAUAAUAUCAAUAUAAAUAGAAAUUACUAUUGCUCUAUAUCGAGUGAGAAUGACUCGACAAUAGCAACAACAACAACGACAUCGACAGAAACAACAAAGAAACUUACAUCAAUAGAAAAGAAUAAAGAGAAAAAGAGAAAACAAAAAGAAUUGAUUUUGAAGCAAUUAGAGAUUGACGAAUCAUUACAGGUUGACAAUGAAUUGACGGAUAAAGAACAUUUGACACUACUCGAUAUGAAUCGUUCAAUGCUAUCAAGUAGUAGGUGUACUGGUUGUGGAUGUUCUCUGCAGUGCGAUCAUCCCAAUCAACUUGGCUACAUACCCAAAUCCGUUGCAAUCCGAUAUCUACUAAAUAAAAACAAGAAACCGUCAGAUACAACAACCUCUGACACAUCAGAGGACGAUUACUACGAUGAAGAAUAUGAAAAAUACAGAAAAUUAACAAUUGAAGAAGAAGCAAAGAGAAAUUUUGAAAAUUUCAGUGUAAAGAAUGGUUCAAAGAAGAAUAUGAAUGAAAAGGAAACAUGUCAGCGAUGUCAUAUGUUGAAACACUAUGGAAAGGUAGUUCCAAUUAAGAUUCCUGUGGAGGAGUUCAGACAUAAGCUAUCGCCUAUCAAGGACAUGAAUUGUGUGGUGGUUAAAGUUGUAGAUAUCAUGGAUUUCCAUGGAACUUUUGUAGAGAACUUUAGAAAAAUCAUAGGAAACAACCCGGUUAUUCUAGUUGGAAACAAGAUGGAUGUUCUACCUGCGGAUAUUCAUCGUAAUCGUAUAGAAGACUGGUUGCGUCGUGAGUGCAAACUCCGAGGAAUGGUAGUCUCGCAUGUAACGCUCCUCUCCAGUGCCAGUCGUGACGGUAUCGCCAAAUUCAUUGUGGAACUCGAAAAGUUGCGUCGUGGACGUGAUGUCUUUGUAGUUGGAUGUUCAAACGUUGGAAAAUCUACAUUCCUCAAUGCGUUGGUCGAUGAAUACAGAGAGAAAGUGAUAUUCAAUGAAAAUGAACAAGGAAAUAGUGGCAGCAGUAACAACAACAACAACCAAGCUAAACCAAGUGCAUUGGAACGUGCAACUACAUCGAUAUUCCCUGGAACAACUCUGAAUAUUAUCUCUGUACCGCUAUGGAGCAAAUCGAUAUUCCUUGGUGGUCUCGCUCGAAUCGAUUAUCAAGGUGGCUUGGCAACUUUCACCGUUUACGUAUCGAAUCAUCUGCCAGUGCAUAUCUGUAAGACCGAGAAGGCAGACGCUCUCUUUGAGCGACAACGCGGCAAGCUACUUUCACCGCCGCUGACAGAGGACCAAGAUCGCUUCGACAAUGACGAAUCAAUCAAACUGACACAGGUCAAGCGAUUCACUAUUACACCGGAGAAGAUCGACUUUAAACAUACUCAUUCCGAUAUUGUCAUUUCUGGGCUUGGAUGGAUUGCAAUCAAACCACUGUCAACCUCUUUACAACCAAUGAAAAUAACAGUACACACUCCCAAAGGUAUAGAUUAUAAUCUUGUAAAAGAAUACAUCGAUUGUAUAUAUAUUACAAGUUAA